AUUUAUUUUGCGCUGAGUCUCCCUCCUGCGACGGAGGAGCGGAGAAGCGCAGCCGGACUGGGACCUCCGGGCGGUGGGUGGGGGAAGGAAAAAAAAGACAAAAAGAAGAGGGAAAAGGAAGAAAUCGCAGCAGCCAGCCCGGCCCAGCCCAGCCCAGCCCACCCCAGCCCGGCCCGGCCCGGCCCCCGCUGCCCGCUCCGCAUCUCCCGCAUCCCCCGCUCCGCUCCGCCCGCUCCGCCCCGCCCGCCGGGGGUCCCGGCGCGCCCGCCCUGCCCGCUCCGCUCCGUUCCGUUCCGCGCCGCUCCGCUCCUCUCCGCUCCGCCGAGGUAAGGGCUCCGCUGCUCCGCUCUCCCCGCUCACCUGGGCGGCCCCGCGCCUCGGACGGGAGGAAAAGCUCUUGAAUUUCUCAGUCACGAGUCCCGGAGCCGUGGGAGCAGGAUGCUGCCGGACGCCGCGGUGCUGCUGGGGAUGCUGGUGCUGGUGCUCGGCCUUCGCUCGGCGGCAGGAGGAGGCGCUGGGGGCUACGGCCAAGUCAAGUACAUGCAGCCCAUGGUGAAGGGACCCCUGGGACCCCCGUUCCGCGAGGGCAAAGGGCAGUACCUGGACAUGCCGCCACUGCUGCCCAUGGACCUCAAAGGGGAGCCAGGACCGCCAGGGAAGCCCGGCCCGCGCGGACCCCCCGGCCCCCCCGGCUACCCAGGAAAGCCGGGCACGGGGAAGCCAGGAAUGCACGGCCAGCCUGGGCCGGCCGGGCCCCCCGGCUUCUCCGGCAUCGGGAAACCCGGCAUCCCCGGGCUCCCCGGAAAGGCGGGUAUGAAAGGGAUGCCAGGAGCCAAGGGCGAGCCUGGCAUGCGGGGAGAGCAAGGGCCACGGGGACUGCCCGGCCCCCCGGGGCUGCCAGGGCCCGCUGGCAUCUCGGUCAAUGGGAAGCCAGGUCCCCAGGGCGGCCCCGGCCUGCCCGGGUUCCGUGGUGAGCCUGGCCCCAAAGGAGAGCCGGGUCCCCGCGGAGAGCGAGGGAUGAAGGGUGAGAACGGCGUGGGGAAGCCGGGGUUACCGGGGCCCCGGGGGAACGGGGGCCCUCCAGGCCCUGCAGGGCCCCCAGGGCCCGUUGGCGUUGGCAAACCCGGCCUUGACGGGCUGCCGGGCGCACCGGGGGAGAAGGGCGACAUGGGCCCCCCGGGCGGGCCUGGCGUCAGCGGGGAGCCCGGCCCCGCGGGGCCCAGGGGCCCCCCCGGCAUCGACGGGAUCGGUGUCCCGGGCGUCGCAGGGGUGCCAGGGAUACAGGGCCCCACGGGACCGAAGGGAGAGCCAGGGAUCCGUGGCCUCCCCGGUUUGCCGGGCCCAACGGGCUACGGGAAGCCAGGCUUGCCCGGCCUAAAAGGAGACCGCGGGCAGCCUGGGGUGCCGGGAGCCAUCGGCGAUAAGGGCGAACCCGGUGUCGAUGGGGAGCCGGGUGAGCCUGGCCCUGCUGGCAUCAUCGGGCCGCCGGGGCUGCCAGGGUCCAUGGGUCUGCCGGGCAAGCAUGGGCUACCUGGCCCGAAAGGGGACGUGGGGCCAAGCGGGCCCCCCGGGAUGCCGGGGAUGCGCGGGGACCAGGGCCUGAACGGCUUCGCGGGGAAGCCAGGGGUGCCGGGAGAGAGGGGCCUGCCUGGGUCACAGGGACCCCCUGGCCCAGUGGGCCCCAAAGGAGAACCGGGGUUCAUCGGCCUCCCGGGGGUGCCUGGAUUAACGGGCGGCCCCGGGCCCAAAGGGGACGGUGGGAUCCCGGGGCAGCCGGGGCUGCGGGGCCCCUCCGGCAUCCCGGGCUUGCAAGGACCCGCUGGUCCCAUGGGGCCUCAGGGGAUACCGGGGCUGAAAGGGGAGCCCGGGCUCCCAGGGGUUCCUGGUGAGGGGAAGACGGGCGAGCCCGGCAUGGCCGGACCCAUCGGCCCCCCGGGAAUGCCAGGAACGCCGGGGCUGAACGGGCCGCCAGGCCCACCAGGGCCGCCCGGGCCGCCGGGAGCGCCCGGGGUGCUGGACGAGACGGGCAUCGCGGGGCUGCACCUGCCGGACGGCGGCGUGGAGGGCGCCGUGCUGGGCAACGGCAAGCCGGGGAAGCCGCAGUACGGCCGCGGAGAGCUCGCCGCCCGCAUCGCGCCGGCAUUCACCGCCAUCCUCACCUCCCCCUUCCCGGCGUCGGGCAUGCCGGUCAAGUUCGACCGGACUUUGUAUAACGGGCACAAUGGCUACAACCCGGUCACCGGGAUAUUCACCUGCCCCGUAUCCGGCAUCUACUACUUUGCCUACCACGUGCAUGUCAAAGGGACUAACGUCUGGGUGGCUCUUUAUAAGAACAACGUCCCCGCCACCUACACCUACGACGAGUACAAAAAGGGCUACCUGGACCAGGCCUCGGGCAGCGCCGUGCUCGAACUCAAGGAGAACGACCAAGUCUGGGUACAGAUGCCCUCGGACCAGGCCAACGGGCUGUACUCCACGGAAUACAUCCACUCCUCCUUCUCCGGGUUCCUGCUUUGCCCCACAUAACGGCUGUUCGGCACAUUUCCGUUUCACCCACUUUAGCCAUAAACUAUCUUUUUUUUUUUUUUUGAUAACGAAGUUUUUAAAAAUUAAUACAAAAAAGAAAAAUCACUGGGAAGAACGCGCAAGCCGCUGUCAUGGGACCUUGCUUCACGCUGUUUGAUCCAUGAGUCAAGAGGGUAAUCGGAAAGGAGACAUCUAUUUAGCUUGCUUUCUUUUUUGGGGGAGGGAGGGGAGUGACUUCCUCAGCAAAGAGUAUUUGGAAUAAAUCUUACCCUAGUGACUGUACAUCAAACACAGGAACGCGCUUGGGAUGGCAAGGAUCUGGCUCUGCAGUCAACUGCUCUGUGAUCCAGAGAGGGUCGUCGGGAAGACCAGACCCUCCUGGUCUGUAAUCAAGUGCCCUUGUUUCCCAUUUUGAGUAGAAGUUAAAUAAAUGCAGCUGUUGCCGUGGAUGGUGUGUUUGCUAACCAGCACGGGGGUCCCAGGCACUCAACACAAAGCAGAGAUCCGCGCCGGAUGGAGAAAUUUCCUUCCCAAACCAUCAAGUGCCCAAGUUUCAGUCUCACAGAUGCCGAUUUGUUCAGACUGUGCUUUGAGGGCAGUCUCUCCGAUUCACUGCGGACUCAGUGUGGUUGGAUUUAUAAUCAUAAAAAGUGGGACACUUUGCAUAAGCACCUUCUUAUAAGAAGUAAAUAUUAUUUUUAACCCUCCCCCCCAGCAUCUUUAGGAAUAAAACCCAUCCAGGCCUCGGUCUCUGGGAGGAUGACAGACGAGCUGUUCCAAAGCUGCUGAGGGACGCUGGGACCCCUGUGAUGAACAAGGAUCCUCUCUUGGGUUAAUUCAUCUAAGGGCAAGUCCAAGGGCUCGGUCUGUCCUGUCUCUUUGCAGCCCAAAGAUGCGCUUGGCCUUGGGAGCAUCUUAUUCCCUGACAGCACGAGGACGGCUCUGCAAGCCCAGCUUACGGUGCUUCUAGCCUGGUUUGACAGGUUUAGUUAUGCUUUCUUGGAAGUGCCACUUACGGACAACCUGCUUUUACUGUCUCACUAUUCUGGGAUGUGUAAACUUUUGCAUUGGUAUCCCCCCUUUCUCUGGGGACCUUUUAAUUAAGAAAAAAAAUAGUGUUUGUUCUAACAUUCCAUUCAGUCCUUUUACAACGGUGCUAUUAUCUACUUAACAAUGUUAUUGACGAGUCUAGUGCAAUAUGUACCUGUAAAAGUGCACCAUCUCAGGUGCCAGUCUGUGACUUAGGUGAAGAAAAAGAAAGAAAAAAGAUCACAUUUGUCUGUUUUUACCACUUUGUCUCACUAAUGCUUGAAAUGUCACUGACCUGAACACGAGCGACCAGGUUCUGGGAAAGGUCUGCCCAACACUGACCCCUUGGUCGCUCUGGCCUUUGCUAAAGGGAGCGACCGAACCCUGCUCUUUGCAGAUUUCCUCAUGGUAGAAUAGUCUUUGCCACUUGCACUUACAGUUAGGCGAUUCUUCUCAUCCCAGGCGAGUAGCACGCUGCUGCUGUUAAUCCAUGUGUGUUACACGGCACGUCCCUCCGCAAAGGCACAUCCCUGAGAAAACAGCAACAAUUUGGUCACCAGCUGAGCACCUACCCUUCUAUUUCCCUAGAGCCUGUUCUAUGGCCAAAGAAACGCAGCAAGAAUGGGCCUGGGGGUUGUUCUCCAGAGGGACUGUACAAGACAUUGAAACAACUUUUCUUUUCCUAUUUCUGGUUUGUUUGGUUUUGUCCUGUGUUUCUGCCUCUUGCCAUCCAGGGCUUCCUUUUAAAAACACCCCUAUCCCUGAAAUAAAGAAGCACAGAAAGGAAACGUACAGUUGAAAGGUGGCUGGGGCUGGGCUGUCCCCAAUCCCGGGGAUUUUACUCCACGUGAAGCUGCACAUUUCAAUUAAAGAUGAAACCUUCUCAAGGUGAAAGGCUGCCCUAGUGUCUGAUCCCCCAGAUGUGUUUAGUUCCUGAGGGGUGUUGGGACCAUUUGGGCUUUGAUCAUACUGGGUUACUCCCUGGCAGGAACAGGAGCUGUACAAAAGAAGUCCCUAAAAUUAAGAACGGAAGCUCAGAUGCUGUAGGGCGGUAGGAAGGGGCCGGUGUCUCCUUUACUGACGCGUCUUUCUGGGGAGCACAGCGAUGAGCUGGAGCCGCGCGAGGCACCGGCAGCAGGGCCGGGAGCUCCUCGCGCCAGGGUGGAAGCUUCAUCCUGUUCCUCAGCAAAUCCACUUAUUUAUACUGUGUUCUAAUCUACAUUCCAUCUCUUUUUCGUUCUGUUUUAUUCGAAACUCGUUCUAGCUGGCCAAAAGCAAUGACACAAAUACUCGCUGUAACCACACCGAGAGGUUAACUCGUUCAGCGCUGUAGAUACUGUUUCGCAAUUUCACUUUCCCUUCUUGUGCAGAGCAUAAACCAUAAUCAACCUUCCGCAGCUAUAUAACCUUUACAUUUACACAGCAAUGGAAAGGCAAAGGUAUUACACGCACAUAGUUAGGCUAGAAGAAACGAUGCACAGGAUGAGGGAGGCUGUUCACUAAACCCGACACUGUCAGGAAGAUUUGGGUUUAUUUCUGGAGUACGUGAUAUUCGCCAGCAGAAAGGAUUAUUUUCUGUCGUGUGUGUGAGCGCAUGGGAUUUGGGUUUCAAUCACAAUAAUAAAAAAGGUUGGGUUGGAUGAAGUAUGUCUAUUUUUAAUUAUGAGAACUGCAUUACAAUGUGCAUUUUUAUAUACAAAUUCUUACUAUUUUUUUUAAUUUGCCUCUAGUAUCUUCAUUUCUAACCUAGUAUAUAGAGGUUUUUAGUUUUGUAAAUACUUAUUACAUGCACUGUCUGUCAUAGUAAAAGUUGGUUUAAAAUGCACUCUUUGUGAUCAGAAACUGGCCUUCUCUUCAGAACUAAAAUACAGUACUUGAUUGUAUUGACAAACCAUCAAUAAAACUUAUUGUACAAAA